AAAGCGCGUGCCCGUGUGUGUGGUGAUAUCACGGGCCGCAGUUAAGAUGUGGGAGUGGGUGUUUGAUGGCCAGUUCACACUUUAAUCCGGAUUAGUGUAAAUUCAGAUUGUUUUUGUUUGCACUCGGAACCGGAUCGAAAUCUUCUGUGUGUGUGUGUACUAUGUUUAAGAGGAUGGCUGAAUUCGGUCCAGAUUCUGGAGGCCGUGUGAAGGGUGUGACGGUUGUAAAACCCAUUGUGUUCGGUAACGUUGCUCGAUAUUUUGGGAAGAAGCGCGAGGAAGAUGGACACACACACCAAUGGACUGUUUACGUCAAACCCUACAGGAACGAGGACAUGUCUGCUUACGUCAAGAAGAUCCAGUUCAAGCUCCACGAGAGCUACGGAAAUCCCCUACGAGUGGUGACGACCCCGUAUGAGAUCACAGAGACGGGUUGGGGAGAGUUUGAGAUCAUUAUAAAGAUUUUCUUUAUCGACCCCAAUGAGAGACCUGUCACUCUGUAUCACCUGCUGAAGUUGUUUCAGUCUGACUCCAGCGCCAUGCCCAAGAAAACCGUCGUGUCCGAGUUCUACGAUGAGAUGAUCUUCCAGGAUCCUACAGCCAUGAUGCAGCAGCUCCUCAACACCACCAGACAGCUGACACUCGGGGCCUACAAACACGAAACUGAGUUUGCAGAGUUGGAGUUGUGUACGCGGGAGAAACUAGAGGCGGCGAAGAAGAAGACUAGUCUGGAGAUUUCUGAGUUAAAGGAGAAGCUGAAGGCUUCCAGAGAAAACAUCAACUUCCUGAAGGAGGAGAUCCGCAAACUGGAGGAGGAGGACCAGCUGAAGGAGCACUGAGGAGGACCCGACACACACACACACACACACACACACACACACACACAC